CAGUGACCAAAUGUUACAUUUACCGAGAAAAUUGAUUGGUGGGUCAAUUCACUUCUUUCAUUUUGAUUCCCGAUUUCGGGAGUCUUCUACUUUCUAUAGAACGGUUCCAUCAGGAGCAAACGUGCUGGCGGAUGUACGCCGACGCCGUCGUACUUCUCUCUUUAUCUCUUCGACGCACUACGCGUGAAAAAUAUGGGAGAUGGAUGUAGGAGAACCGAUCCUCUUGGAGCAGAGGACACAGAACUGCUACGUGGACUUCCUAAUGACAUCACUCUUUACUGUUUAGCAAGAGUGCCUCGGAAGUACCAUACAGUACUGAAGUGUGUUUCCAAGAGAUGGAGGGAGUUAGUGUGCAGCGAAGAGUGGCAUGAUUAUCGUAGGAAAAAUAAUCUUGCCGAGACUUGGAUAUAUGCUCUUUGUCGUGGCACCUUUGACCAGUUGAGGCUUUACGUCCUGGAUCCUAAUUCUCAGAGGAGGUGUUGGAAACUCAUUCCGGUGGUUCCAGACCGCUGUUUGAAGAGAAAAGGUAUGGGGUUUGAAGCAUUUGGAAAGAAGAUUUACUUAAUGGGUGGAUGCGGUUGGUCAGAAGAUACUACUGAUGAAGUCUACUGCUACGACGUUCCAAGGAAUUCAUGGGCAGAAGUUACUUCCUUGUCAACUGCAAGGUGUUAUUUUGCUUGUGAAAUUCUGGACGGCAAAAUCUACGCAAUUGGAGGGCUGGGUUCAAAUCCGAGUGAUCUCCAUUCUUGGGACUGCUUUGAUCCCCACACAAGUACUUGCGAAUCGCACCCUUACACCAACAUUUUAUCUGAGAUUGAUGAUUCCAUGGUGCUGGAUGGGAAGAUUUACUCUCUAUGUGGUCUUUAUGGCUACGCAUCCCGUGUGUAUGGGGUUGUUUAUGACCCUUUACAUGACACGUGGCAGUACGCAGAUGCUGAUUUAGUUUCUGGUUGGCGGGGUCCAGCGGUCAUCGUUGAUGGUGACUUUUAUGUGUUGGACCAGAGCUCAGGGACGAAGCUGAUGAUGUGGGAUAAGCAGAAAAGGGAAUGGGUUGCAGUUGGAAGGCUGUCAGCAUUGCUCACAAGACCACCUUGCAGACUAGCAGCCAUUGGGAAGAAGAUAUUUAUUGUGGGCAAGGGACUAUGCACCGUUGUCGUUGACAUUGGCCAAACUGGGAAUAAUGUCGAAGGGGUGUUGGUUAGUUCUUCCAUUCCUGGUUUAGAUUGCCAGGAUGAGAUUAUCAGUUGCACUUGUGUGUCGAUUUGAAUCCAUCUUUGUUCAUUGAUUGUACACUGAAAUAUUGUAUGAAUGUACCAAAAAGAUGAGAGAUUAUAAAAGUGGAGGGCAGCAAGACUUUGAGAGUGAGACUUCUACAUGUUACUGUAAAACAUAUACUUCUGUAAUCCUUGCCUGUCGGAAUUCUUAGAUGGGCGAAAGCAUUCAGUUUGUAUAUUACUGUCACCGGUUGUGAAAUCAUGGUUUAACCGUGAUUUAAUCGUUUUAUACAGUUAAAACUUGUCUAUCAAUGCAAGCUCAAGUAGGAGAUUUUUCUGAUCGGACUGCCGAUACAAAC